UGAGAUCUUUGGAGAAAGAGAGAGACAAAAAAAGCUCUAGCUGGUCAAGAGCCAGAGUAUAUCAUUUAAUCUUGCGCUAUAAGAGUGUGUGCGUGUGAGGAUGGGCGUCCCGCUGUCUGCCGCUGUGACUCUAGGGCUGAUGUUCUUCCUGUCUGUGGGUCUGAACGAGCAGGUGGCCGAGGGCUGCGUCUGUACUGCAAGACACCCUCAACAGAUGUUCUGCAACUCUGACAUAGUGAUUCGAGCUAAGAUAACUGGAAAGGUGACCAACACUCAGCCUGAUUUAACUGCAUAUGGUGUCAGAAUUAUCAAGACCUUUAAGUAUGUCAACAAAAAGCCAUUUCAGGUCAUCUACUCACAUAAAACUUCAUGUCACAUUGAUCUGGAAAACAAGGAGUAUCUGCUGUCAGGUAAAAUCAUUAAUUAUCUAAAGUCAGAUUUUGAGACCCUGAAUCCUGAUGCUGGUUGUGAACAUCUAUUAAGGUUGGAAUACACUACACAAAUUAUGCCCAGAUUUUAGCUCAGAAAGUUACAGACAGAGCCUUUCUGCAGAUUUUGGGCAGUCUGAGUUGAAAGAUUUCACAGAAAUAGUGUAAUAGUGCAAGUUAUUCAACCAAAUUUUUUUGUUGCUCCAUUCUAUCAGAGAAUAUCCUGUUUGAUAUUUUAAGAUGAUUUUAAAGCACAUAUUGUUUUCACUUAUCAUGCAUUCUGUGUUUAGAUUUUAGGUCAUGAAUUGAGAAACCAAAAUUCACUUGAUAUUUUGAUAUAAAAGAGGUCAUUGUACUAUAAAAAACAUCCUGUAAGGUUCAGAACUUAGAACUUUCUCGCUAGUAUAAAUACAUCUUAUAUUUAAGCCAGUCUGCCAAAAUGACAGAUUGUGGAAUGUGCCACUCCGUG